AUGGACUACCAGAAUCGUGUCGGCUCCAAGUUUGGCGGUGGAGGUGUUGCUGGUGCGUCAGAGAGCAAUGUCGACCGCAGGGAACGCUUGAGGAAGCUUGCCCUCGAGACUAUCGACCUUGCCAAGGAUCCGUAUAUUCUCCGUAACCAUCUCGGAUCCCUCGAGUGCAAGCUCUGUUUGACACUCCACACCAAUGAGGGCUCCUACCUUGCCCACACCCAGGGCAAGAAGCAUCAAACGAACCUUGCCCGUCGCGCGGCAAAGGACAUGAAAGACUCCCAGCUGCAGGUAGCCCCCACACAGUCCAACGUCCAACGCAAGGUCUUCCUCAAGAUCGGCCGACCUGGUUACCGUGUGACAAAAGUACGGGAUAGAGACACGGGCAAGGAGGGAAUGAUGGUCCAGGUGCACUUGCCGCAAAUAAAGCAGGAUGUUGUCCCGAGGCGACGCUUCAUGAGCGCUUGGGAGCAGAAGCGCGAGCCACCGAACAAAGCAUACCAGUACCUUAUCGUCGCGGCCGAGCCCUACGAGACAAUUGCGUUCCGCAUUCCAGCACGGGAGAUAGAAGAUGAAUCUGACGACGCCGGUUACUGGAACUGGUCGCACUGGGACCCGGACACUAAGCAAUAUAGCUUCCAGUUUAUGUUCCGUAUGAGCUACUGA